CAACGAUCGCAAGUCAUCCACCCGCACACGAUCAUGACAACAACGGCAGCGUCUCACAAUGUUGCGGAGGGGUCAGUUUCGACCUCGAAGCUUCCCUCCGUUGCGGAUCUGGCAAGGCGUUCUUCCCAGAGGACAAGAUUGCUUUUCUCGUCUGUACCAGAUGCAGGCGAGGAUCCCCUGUCUCCUUCUGCAUCGUCCUCGUCCUCGUCAUCCUCAUCUCUGUACUCCGCGGGAGGGUACGAGAGCAUCGUCAAAGAACGUCUGGCGUCCAAGAUUGCCUCGGAGUACAAGGACGCGCAGACACUACCUCAGGCCCUCUUAGCGCAGCAGGCUGGUGUGGGUCCUUCGAGACCAGGAGCAGCAGGGCAGAAGCGAAAGGCAACGGCGGACGAGUCAAGCGGGACCUUGACGGGUAGCUACAUUGACGAUCUCGAUCGAGCUGCUCGCGGGAAUGUAAACACUCCAACCUCGUCAUCGGCGGCGGAAUCGACAGCAGCAAACGGGCAGCUGGUAACGCUCCGGCGAUCCAUGAGGCCGGACCACGAGGCCGGCGGUAUGUCGAAUCGAGGUGGAGGAAGCACGCUGUCCAAUGCCCUGAUCCGCAAGCGCGAUGCGGCCAGUCGAGCGGCGCAACCAUCCUACCAUCCUCAGUGGAAGCUAUCGAGGGUCAUCAGCGGACACCUUGGAUGGGUCCGGUGUGUGGCGGUGGAGCCGGGCAACAAAUGGUUCGCAACGGGUGCGGGUGAUCGAAUGAUCAAGAUCUGGGACCUGGCUUCGGGCGAGCUCAAGCUCUCGCUCACCGGCCACAUCUCGACGGUGCGAGGCUUGGCCGUGUCGUCUCGGCACCCAUACCUCUUUUCCUGUGGCGAGGACAAAAUGGUCAAGUGUUGGGACCUGGAAACCAACAAGGUCAUACGGCAGUACCAUGGCUCUCUCUCGGGCAUCUAUUCGCUGGCCCUCCAUCCCACUCUCGACAUCCUCGUCACCGCGGGCCGAGAUGCCGUGGCGCGCGUCUGGGACAUGCGCACCAAGGCUCAGAUCCACGUCCUCGCCGGCCAUCGCGGCACCAUUGCCAAUGUGCAGUGCCAGGAAAGCGAUCCGCAAGUCAUCACGGGCAGCAUGGACUCAACGGUGCGCCUGUGGGAUCUGGCCGCGGGCAAGUCGCUCACUACACUCACGCACCACAAAAAGUCGGUCCGGGCCCUUGCGCUGCACCCGCGCGACUUCUCCUUUGCCUCUGGUUCUGCUGGCGGACGCAACAUCAAGACCUGGCGUUUUCCCGAGGGCACCCUCCUCAACAAUGCCACACACGACUCCAUCGUCAACACGCUCAGCGUCAAUGCCGAUGGCGUCCUUUUUUCCGGCGCCGACAAUGGCACAUUUAGAUUCUUUGAUUACGACACGGCCGUGCCGUUCCAGUCGGGCGAAGAUGUCCCCCAGCCGGGCUCCCUCGAUGCAGAAGCGGGCAUCUUUUGCUCCACCUUUGACCAUACGGGCUCACGGCUCAUCACGGGCGGCGCAGACAAGACCAUUAAAAUGUACAAGGAAACAUCAUGAGCACGACAAGCCACGGGAGAUUGUGUAUUAUUACCGCUCGUUUCUUCGGCCAAAGG